UUGGUUUCUAUUCAUUCGGUCUUGGCCUGUGUGUGUGUGUAUAUAUAUAUAUGUACGCACAACGCAUACACACACGUCUGAAAGUAACAAUUUUUAUUAGCAAUACCAGAAUAAAAGCCCUUCGCCACUAUUCUCUUCCUGCAUCUUCUUCUCCUUUCUCCCUAUUUUCUUCUUUUUGUUUGAAGAUGGAGAUGAAGAUGUGGGUGGGUAUGGUGGUGAUGGUGUGCUUGUUCAAUAUUCAUAUAGAGUGUAAAUCGAUUCUAGAUAAUGCCCAAGACGCGCAGCUUUUGUGUUAUUUCAUAUUCGGAGAUUCGUUAGCAGAUAAUGGCAACAACAACAACUUAGAGACAAAAGCUAAAGUUGAUUACUUUCCUUAUGGCAUUGAUUAUUCUGAUGGUCAUAUCGGAAGAUUCACUAACGGUCGAACUAUCGUCGAUAUUAUUGCUGAACUUCUGGGUUUCAAACACCAUAUUCCAGCUUUCGCAGCAACUUUUAACACUUCGGUAGAUAUUCUCACGGGCGUUAACUAUGCAUCUGGUUCAGCCGGAAUUCUUGAAGAAACCGGCAAACAUUUGGGUACAAAUAUAGAUUUGGACAGGCAACUAGAAAACCACAAAAUCAUAGUGGAUGGGAUUACUGAGCUUCUAAAGAACCAAAAUUUAAGUCCAGCCAUGUAUCUAAACAAGUGCUUAUAUUCAGUGGGAAUGGGAAACAAUGACUACCUCAACAACUACUUCAUGCCCAA